AUGCCUGACGUCAAGAGGACGAUCAAGAUCAUUACCGAGCAGAAGGUUAUACCGGGUGCGGACAGUGGCGUGGCUGGCUUUCCUUUACGACACUGGAACAUGAAAAUUGUUCUGCUACAUGCCGAGACCAAGCAAGAAGUACCCGCGACUUGUUUCUCACAAGCCACAUACAACCUGCACGAGUCUUUUGGCGACAGGUCUAAGCAAGUGAUCAAGGAUCUUCCUUUCCGGGUCGCAGAAGAUGGCUGGGGUGAGUUCGAGCUCAAGAUCGACCUGCUGGAUGUUCAAGGCAAGACCCACGAAUUCCUCCACGACCUCAACUUUCAGCAAUCCAAAUAUGAAGUCAAGCAUGUCAUUACCUUCAAGUCGCCUAAGCCUGUCCUGCUAGCUACCCUUCGCGAGUCAGGACCUGUCCCAGGUGAUCCAGCUGUGAACGGCGCAGCGAGCAGCAAACGGGCCAGUGAUAUUGGAACAGCUCCAGAGCAGAAGAAGAAAAAGAAGGCCGGCGAAAGUAGCAAAGGCUUUGACAUGGACAAGCUGGCCGAAGGUCUACAAAAGCUCAACGAAGACGAUCUGUUACAGGUCGUGCAGAUGGUCCAUGACCACAAGACCGAUGAGAGCUGGAUGCGAAACGAUAUCGAGCAGGGUGAAUUUCACGUCGACCUGUAUACCUUACCAGACAAUCUUAUUAAGAUGCUCUGGGACUUUACUAAUGAGAGAGUCACGGUUACAGCUGCUUCGUGA